CUAUCGCUCUCUCCCGCCAUGACUGCCCAAGUGCUGCCCGAGCAACCGCUUCAAAGCAAUAUUCAUCUCUUGCAAAGGGACAGCCCUGCCCCUUCCUAUAAAAGGUUGGAGGGAAAGGUGGCGAUUGUGACGGGCGGCGCAAAGGGAAUCGGAGAAGCGACGGUGAGGCUGUUCGCCAAACAUGGAGCCAAAGUAGUGAUUGCCGACGUGGAGGAUCUCCUCGGUGAGGCUUUGGCCGACACGCUUUCUCCAAAUCCAGUGUCGUUCGUCCACUGUGACGUAAGCUUGGAGGAAGACAUGGAGAAUCUAAUCAACUCGACGAUGUGUCGUCACGGCCAAGUCGACAUACUAUUCAACAAUGCCGGAGUUUUAGGUAACCAAUCCAAGACUCGUAAGAGCAUCGUUGACUUUGACCCUAACGAGUUCGAGCGCGUGAUGUGUGUGAACGUCAAAGGCGUCGCGUUGGGUAUAAAGCACGCGGCGCGUGUAAUGAUUCCCAGAGCUACCGGCUGUAUAAUCUCGACUGCUAGCGUGGCAGGUGUUUCAGGAGGUAUGGGUCCACAUGCUUACACGGCAUCCAAACAUGCCAUUGUUGGCCUCACUAAGAACACUGCCUGCGAGCUUGGGCGUUAUGGUAUACGUGUCAACUGCAUUUCGCCGUUUGGUGUUGCCACGUCGAUGCUUGUGAACGCGUGGAGGGAUGACGGAGACGAGUGCAUGAACUUCGGGAUUCCGUCGCCGGCUGAGGUGGACAAAAUGGAGGAGUUCGUUAGGGGUUUGGCUAAUCUUAAGGGCCCCACAUUGAGGCCUAAGGAUAUCGCUGAGGCGGCGCUUUAUCUUGCCAGCGAUGAAUCUAAGUACGUCAGUGGCCAUAAUCUCGUUGUUGACGGUGGAAUCACCACUUCAAGAAAUUGUAUCGGCUUUUAA